UUGUUUUUUUUUUAUAUUAUUUUGUGUGUUUAACGUUGAAGAGAAUGUUUGUCCCCAAAAGGGCUUUCAUUACCGGGGCUGUAUCUAGAAGAGGACAGCGAAGGGAAUAUUGUGCCAAACUUAAAGGAACGAAGACUCAUGAUAAUUUGAAAGAGGCCUUUACUGGUGAAUCGAUGGCGAACCGACGCUACAAUUAUUUUGCGCAGAGAGCAGACAUAGAAGGCCAUUCGAAUGUGGCUUCUGUGUUUCGAGAAACAGCUGAAGGCGAGACUGGCCACGCGUUCGGUCAUUUGGAGUUUUUAAAAAAUGUAGGCGAUCCUGUUACGAACCUUCCCAUUGGGAAUACGUUGGAAAAUUUGCAUUCGGCUAUGAUGGGAGAAACUCACGAGUACACUGAUAUGUACCCAUCUAUGGCAAAGGUAGCGCGCGAAGAAGGAUUUGAAGAAAUAGGAGAGUGGUUUUCUACACUGGCAAGAGCAGAGCGCAGCCACGCAAAGAAAUUUCAACGAUUACUUGAAGAAAUGUCUGUUUCUGCUUAGCUCGAUUGUGUGCUCCAUAGCGCAGACAAAUCAAAAGACAUGAAAAGCUCACAACAAUA